UUACAUCAAAGAGCAAGAAUCACGCCGAUUAAUAUUAACUUCCUGGGACCGCAUCUUUGCAUUUCCUGAACAUUUUAUUCAAGUAUAAAUUGGACAGCUUCGACGUGUUCAAACUCAUUCCACAUUUCUUCGGCAUAGACAAAAUAACAGAUAAUUACAGAAAACUAAAGAAUGGCACUUUCCUGCCCACUCCCACCCGGAGGAUGCACCACCCACUUCAACUCCAUUCCAAACUUUUGCUGCGCCAAGCGAGCUUUUGACGAACGUGGGGUGCGAAAUCUGAUUGAUGAAUUUAAGCGAAUCUUCCUCGACCACGACAUGGAAGACGAGUACGGGUUGAUCAUGAACCAUCGCCACUUUCUCCUCCAAGAGAACGAAAUCCUCGUGGAAACUUUGAAACAGGAUGGAAAUAUUAGCAUCGCGUUUCCUUGGCAGGUCAAAGAUGGCAAAGCACACCCAACCCCAAAUUCGGAGUGGAAUGAACAUAACUUGACAAGAAAAGAGUUCAUCAUCCCACAAACUUGGAAAUUCGACCAAGACGGGGGCCUAAUCCCGUAUGAAUUUUUAGCCACGGACUACCCUCAGCUCGACCCAAGUCAGCCUUUCGUGACCGACCUGUUUGAAGCCAUGCGACUUCACGGCAUCCAGGACGUGUUGGGGCUUCGACGACUUGAUGGAGACAGAAACGGGGAGGCGUUUGAAGUAACGCCAGAAGGAGGUCGGGUCAGCGUCACCACGAUGGGAAGUAGACCUGACGGAAUGACUAUUGAUACGGUGGGGAAGGUUUUGUGGUAUUUUACAAAGGAGGGCGACACUGAGGAGGCAAUGGCCUGCACUAGAUGUGGAACCUGUGGGAUUUGUUGGAAUUGAAACAUUUAAUAUUGAACAUUUUGAAAUCUUUCAUUAGGUUAUAAACUUUUUUGUCGAAAUUUUUAGGCUACAUUUAUUGAUUGAA